AAUCCACAUAGAGAACAAAACGGACACAAGCAUUUGCUACGCGGGAAUUUUGAUUUCAACGGUCCUAUUUCCUGUUUAGAGAGAGAGAGAGAGAGAGAGAGAGAGAGAGAGAGUAGGGCUGUCCAUGGCGGAUUCAUCACAUGGUCCUUCGAGCUUCUGGACUCAGGCCAACGCUUUGCUUAGAAAAAACAUCACUUUCCAGAAACGGAAUAUCAGGACAAAUGUUCGGCUCAUUUUGUUCCCUUUCAUACUGUGUUUAUUGCUUGUUCUAAUCCAGACUUUGAUCAACCAUGAAUUGGAUAAACCCAAAAACAGGUGUGGCUGCACCUGUGUUGAUAAAAAUGGGGAUGGUCAAUGUGAAAGAGUCUGUGGGAUUGAAUACUCUACUUUGGACCAAGUAGACAGCUGUCCUAUUCCUAGCCCUCCAGAAUGGCCACCCUUGUUACAAAUUCCAGCUCCUCAGUAUCGUGCAGUGAGAACUCAUUUUGUUCCAUUUACAGACUUGCCAGAUGAGUCAUGCAAGAGUACAGGGUCUUGUCCUGCAAGUAUACUUCUUACAGGGAAUAAUCAAUCUCUAGGACAAAGUUUGGCUGGAAUUAUGUUCCCAAGCACUUUUACUCUGAAUUCCUCUGAGAUUUUGGAUACUUUAGCCAAUAAUGUCUUUGGGUCAGCGGCAGAGACUGCAUAUUCUAAUUUUCUUGAUCCAGCUUUCUUUUCAAAUACUCCACUCUAUCAUGUUCAACCGCAGUGCCGUCCAAACUCCACGUUUUCCGUUUCUAUCCAGAUAGGAUCCACUGCAGUGCCACAGGAGGUAAGCUGUGUUCAGGGUUUACCUUUGUGGCGCAACAGUUCUUCUGAGAUCAAUGACGAGCUAUAUAAGGGCUACCGAAAGGGGAAUUCAGAGGAGAAGAUUAAUGAGAUGAUAGCAGCCUAUGAUUUCUUAAACUCAAACAGGAAUAAUUUUAAUGUGAGUAUAUGGUACAACUCUACCUACAAGAAUGACACGGGCAAUGGUCCUCUUGCGUUGAUGCGGGUUCCUCGUUCAUUGAAUUUGGCCUCGAAUGCCUACCUCCAGUUUUUGCUUGGGUCUCCCACAAAAAUGCUAUUUGACUUUGUGAAAGAAAUGCCCAAACGUGAAUCCCAACUCAAGUUGGACUUUUCUUCUCUCCUCGGACCGCUGUUCUUUACAUGGGUCAUUCUACAACUGUUCCCUGUCGUAUUAACAUCUCUGGUUUACGAGAAGGAACAGAAUCUCAGAAUCAUGAUGAAAAUGCAUGGGCUUGGUGAUGGCCCUUAUUGGAUGAUUUCUUAUACUUAUUUUCUUGUCAUAUCUUUGAUAUAUAUGUUAUGUUUUGUGAUAUUUGGCUCAGCUAUAGGGUUAAAAUUCUUCACAAUGAAUGAGUACAGCAUCCAGUUUGUGUUUUAUUUCAUCUACAUAAACUUGCAAAUUUCACUGGCCUUUCUGGUGGCUACAAUUUUCUCAAAAGUGAAGACUGCCGCAGUUAUGGGAUACAUAAUAGUGUUUGGAUCUGGGCUCUUAGGAGGCUUUCUUUUCCAGUUUUUUCUUCAAGAUACAUCAUUCCCAAGAGGCUGGAUUAUUGUCAUGGAAUUAUAUCCGGGCUUUUCUCUGUAUCGUGGUUUAUAUGAGUUUGCAACAUAUUCCUUCUCGGGAAACUAUAUGGGGACUGAUGGCAUGCGAUGGGGGAACUUAAGUGAUGGCAACAAUGGGAUGAGAGAGAUCUUUAUUAUCAUGUUUGUGGAAUGGUUGGUGGUUCUUUUUGUUGCAUAUUAUCUAGAUCAAGUUGUAUCAUCAGGAAGUGGUGUAAGAAGAAAUCCUCUAUUUUUGUUGAAGAACUUCCGAAAGAAGCCCUUGUCGUCUUUCAGUCGACCUAGCUUGCAAAGUCAAGGAUCUAAAGUUUUCGUUGAGAUGGAGAAACCUGAUGUUGCCCAAGAGAGGGAGAAAGUUGAACAGUUGCUACUUGAACCGAGCAUCAGUCAUGCGAUUGUUUCUGAUAACCUCAAAAAGGUCUACCCCGGAAGGGACGGAAACCCCGAGAAAUUUGCUGUGAGAGGGUUGUCACUUGCUUUGCCUCAUGGGGAGUGCUUUGGUAUGCUUGGUCCCAAUGGUGCAGGGAAAACUUCUUUUAUCAAUAUGAUGAUUGGUCUCAUAAAGCCAAGCUCUGGUGCAGCGUAUGUUCAGGGUCUUGAUAUUCGGACUCACAUGGACGAAAUAUAUGCCAGCAUGGGUGUAUGUCCACAGCAUGACUUGCUCUGGGAAACCUUAACAGGAAGAGAACACUUACUUUUUUAUGGCAGGCUUAAAAACCUUAAAGGUGCUGCCUUGACCCAAGCAGUGGAAGAAUCUCUAAAGAGUGUGAACCUAUUUUACGGGGGGGUUGCUGACAAACAAGCUGGGAAAUACAGCGGAGGGAUGAAAAGGAGGCUCAGUGUUGCCAUUUCACUGAUUGGGGAUCCCAAAGUUGUCUAUAUGGAUGAACCCAGUACUGGACUGGAUCCAGCUUCAAGAAAUAAUUUAUGGAAUGUCGUGAAGCGUGCAAAGCAAGACCGGGCUAUAAUUCUCACCACACAUUCAAUGGAAGAGGCAGAGCAUCUCUGUGAUCGAUUAGGAAUUUUUGUGGAUGGCAGCUUGCAGUGUAUAGGAAAUCCCAGAGAGCUGAAGGCUAGAUAUGGAGGGUCUUAUGUGUUUACGAUGACAACGUCAUCAAAUCAUGAGGCGGAAGUGGUGAACCUGGUGCGAAAUCUCUCUCCAAAUGCCAACAAGAUAUACCAAAUAUCGGGAACCCUGAAGUUUGAGCUGCCGAAACAGGAAGUGAGAAUUGCAGAUGUUUUCCAGGCAGUUGAGAAUGCAAAGAGCAGGUUCACAGUUAAUGCAUGGGGUCUGGCCGACACCACUUUAGAGGACGUCUUCAUCAAGGUGGCACGUGGGGCUCAGGCAUUCAACGUUGUUCUUUCGUGAUUGUCGGAUACGAUUGUUGAUAUUGAAACUUGCUAUUCAUUUCUGUACGUGGUCAGUUCUUUUAAUUUCUUGUGGUUUUGUAGAAUCUCAAUUUUUAAGUAGCAUCAUUUGGAAAUUGGUUUACAUAUUGUAGACUUACAUUCUUUAAUAGUUGAUAAAAUAUCAAAUAGCAUAUGUGAUGAUCUCAUCAAACAUGUGUGGUUUGCUACUGAUACUGAUAUAGAA